CCUUUCCUCUCUCGCGCAAGUUUAGAGAUGGUAGCGACGAGUGAGGCCCCCUCCGGCCCGGACCGAUGGAACCCCUUCACCGGGCGCAACGCCUCCCAGCCUCCUCCGCUCGAUCGCACGACGGAUUCCACUGUGUUGGCUGCCGCGUCGUCGGACGGGAGGGUGGCACGGCCGGCGAGGCGGCGAACGAGGGCGUCGAGGAAGACGCCGGUGACGCUGCUAAACACUGACACCGCCAACUUCCGCGCGAUGGUGCAGCAGUUCACCGGCUUUCCAACAGGUCCGCAGUACCAGCAGGGCUUCCACGACGCCCCUCCGGCCUCCGUGAUGACUCCGCCCACGGUGCAAUUCCCGCGGCCACAGUUGUUCAUGCAGCAGCCGCAACUGCAGUUCCAGCCGCCGGCGCCACAUCAGCAGCAGCACCUUCAAUUCCCGGAGGCAAAUGAAGUGUUUCACCACCCCAAUCAUUCCAACCCGACUAGUUCGGAGAUGGGCGACGUCUUUUUGUACGGCCUAGCUCCGGACCAGUCCAAUAUCGACAGUAGCAACUUCCGAUGGCGGUAGGGUGAAUGGCAUUAUUAAUAAUGCAUGGCCGGUGCAUUAUUCAUUUGCCUUGGUCAAUCAUGAUUAUGAAGUUAGAUUUUGUUUAACCUAA